AUGGAAGAAGAACAAAAAAAAUCUAUUGAUAAUACAUCAAAUAUUAUUGUAUCUGAUGAUCCAAAAAAAGCUGAAACCAAUACAAAUAUCGAUACUGAACUAUCUCAUUCACCAAAAAAACAAAAGAAAGUCGAAGAUAUUAAUUCUAUUUCUACAUUAUCACAUGAUAUUGUUGAAUCUAAACAAGAAAUAAAAACUAAUAAUAACAAUCAAUUAAAAUCUACAUCAUCAAAAAUUCCAAUACAUACACAUUAUCAAGAUAUUUCAUGUUACAAUGAAAAAGAUUCUAGUUAUUGUAGUUUUUCUACUACGAAUAAAAAACCUACUGAAUCUUUAGAAACAUCAAAUAAAAAAUCUGAUUCUACACAACCAAAUUCUAUUCAAAUACUUCUUAAUCAAGCUUCAACUAUUACAACUGAUCAAGAUUCUGAUGAAGAUGAACAAGAAAAAAAAUUAAUUGCUGCUAAAAAAUUACUUUUUCCCGAUGUAGUUGCAACAUCAUUUCCUGAAAUAGCUGAUACAUUACGAGAUGAACGACGACAAGAAUUUUGUCCUAUUUAUCAAGAUGAAACACCAGAACAAAUAGCUUUACGUCAAGAAAAACAAAAACCUGUUGGUAGUCUUCUUGCAAAACGUAUACGUUGGGAUGAUUUAAAACGUAAACGUGAAGAAGAAGAAAAAAAAGCACAAACACAAUUUCGUUAUGGUCCAUAUGGACCAAUAUAUACAAAUCAACAAUCAAAACAAUCAUUUGCUAAUCCGUAUGAACAAUAUUAUGCAACAAUGCAAAAUCAAUAUGAACAGGUACAUUCUUCAUAG